AGCAGGGUUGGGCUGGAAGUGGGUAUGCUGGGGGAGGUUAUGGUGUGGGAGGGGUUAAAUGUGGGCGGGACUGGAGGGCAUGGCAGGCCUCCUGCAGAACACUGGGCAAGUGAGUAACUAUGGGCUCCUGAUAGAGUUUGUGUCUGCCUGAGACGUGGCAGUAACCUGCGUGGCUGUUAACAAGCAGCGGGAAAGGGCUGGGUCCUGGGCCACGCACUGCACAGUCUGAUCCCCUUUCUGUCAUAGAGCAGAGGCUGGUUGCUCAUACAGUUCACUUGUUCCAGUUAGUGCUGUGGUGGGAUAUGUGGAGGCUGAGUAGCUUUGUGGACCUGACCCCCGUGUCCCCCAAUCUCAACCUUAGAGUUGCCUCUCUGGAUUUAGCACCAAACCCACUGGUAGUUGUAGCAUCGAGGGCAGCUGCUUUACCCUGGAUCUAACCCUCCCUUCAGCUUUUCUCUUCUCCAUGAUCCUAGACCUAACUCUCAGGUGCAGUCGUAACUAUGCUUGCUUGUCUCCCUUAAGAAGCCCCAGCUGUCCUGAGUAGGGUAAAAUGGGCUCCACGUUUCCCAGGGCAGUCUUCUUCACUUGUGACUGAUAGAGUCUCCAGGCUAGGUCCAGUUGGUACUACCCUGUCAUGAAGCAGAACUACACCUCAGUCUCACGAAGGUUUACUGGGCACUGACCCAACCAACUGCCUGGUGCUCUUCAUAGUGGGAGGCGAAGCAGCUGUACCGCAUACGGCCAGCAGAGGGCACACUGCUCCAUGGGACUGCCUAGCUCCUCUGGUCUUUCAAUGGGUCAAGAGGUUCCUUCGGAGCAUGGAGCCUCUUAGCCCUCAGAACUAUUGUCUUGGCAGCCACACCUCUGGCCAGCAUGCCACCAGGAAGUGAUGGUUAGAGAGUGUCCACCAUGGACAGUUUGCUCCUGGGAGGCGCCAGCUGAAAAUCUGGGGAGCUAGAGUCCUUGGGGCUCACACCCUCUCCUUCUUUGAAAGACACUACGCACAGUACCAGGGCUUUGUUGUCAUCCAUGGCACAGACACCAUGGCCUUUGCUGCCUCAGUGCUCUCUUUCAUGCUGGAAAAUCUGCAGAAACCAGUCGUCCUCACGGGUGCCCAGGUACCUAUCCACGCACUGUGGAGUGACGGCCGUGAGAACCUGCUGGGGGCUCUGCUCAUGGCUGGCCAAUACGUCAUCCCUGAGGUCUGCCUGUUCUUCCAGAAUCAGCUCUUCCGGGGCAAUCGGACAACCAAGGUGGACGCUCGGAGGUUUGCCGCCUUCUGCUCCCCUAACCUGCCCCCUCUAGCCACUGUGGGCGCGGAUGUCACAAUCAACCGUGAGCUGGUACGGAAGGCCUGCGGGAAGAGCCAUCUGGUGGUCCACAGUAGCAUGGAGCCUGACGUGGGCCUACUGCGCCUCUACCCUGGAAUUCCCGCCUCCCUGGUCCGGACCUUCCUCCAGCCCCCACUGAAAGGCGUGGUCAUGGAGACCUUCGGCUCUGGGAAUGGGCCCACCAAGCCAGACCUACUACAGGAGCUUCGGGUGGCGGCCGAACAAGGCCUGAUCAUUGUCAACUGUACCCAUUGCCUUCAGGGGGCUGUGACUUCGGACUAUGCAUCUGGCAUGGCCAUGGCAGGAGCUGGCAUAGUCUCGGGCUUCGACAUGACAUCAGAGGCUGCCCUGGCCAAACUGUCCUAUGUGCUGGGCCAGCCAGGGCUGAGCCUGAAUGACAGGAAGAAGCUGCUGGCCAAGGAUCUUCGUGGGGAGAUGACGCUGCCUGCAACAGAUGUCUUGCUGCAGGAUGGCAUGCUGGGCUGCAGGGUAGCUUGGCUUCUCAGUAUGAAUGGCAGCCAGGAGGCUGAUACCAUGAAGGAUGUUCUUCUGCCCGGCCUGGCCCUGGCUGCAGCUCACGCUGGUGACCUGGACACCCUGCAGGCCUUUGUGGAACUGGACAGAGACCUAAACCUGAAGGACUAUAGUGGUCAAACCCCACUGCAUGUGGCUGCACGGAGGGGCCAUGCCGCAGUGGUUACCAUGCUGCUGCAGAGGGGUGCGGAUGUGGAUGCCCGUAAUGAGGAUGGUCAGAGCCCACUAUUGCUGGCCGUGAGGGGCAGGCAUCAGAGUGUCAUUGGGCUGCUGAGAGCUGCUGGGGCCCGCCUGUCUCCCCAGGAGCUGGAGGACGUUGGGACAGAGCUGUGCAGGCUGGCAUCAAGGGGAGACAGCGAAGGCCUGCGGGCAUGGUGGCAGGCUGGGGCUGACCUGGGACAGCCAGACUAUGAUGGACACUGUGCCCUGCAAGUAGCUGAAGCAGCUGGAAAUGCAGAUGUGGUGGCCCUGCUACAGAGCUUUAAGGACAGUGUCUGUGCCCAGCCCCAGCCCCACUAGGUCCUGGGAUGGGCUGCUAGCUCCUCAGUGAACUCUCACUGGUUUGCAACUGGAUCCUGGCACCUGAUAUCCCAGAGCCAAUUUUAGAGGCAGCUGGAGGAAGAGGAUAUGGGAGACGUGUCAUCCGGAGCCUUUCUUGGGGACCCCUAGAGAAAACAGUGUUCUGGAGGAGACAGAGGCUGCUGAGGCUUCACGUGGCAGAAGCCCAUCUCAGAUCUUCACCCUAUCCAGUCUUGAGCUGAGUAACUGGAAAGGUCUAGGCCUGCUCCCAGCUGACCUCCAUCCCCACUGCUCUGGGGUUUUGAGACAGGGUGGGCAAGCCCCAAUCUCCAGAGACUGCCUGGACUCCAUACACAGCGCCCCCUGAAGGGGGAGCCCCACCUCUGCAAGUCCUCAGCAAGCCUUGUUUCUAGGAAGUGCUCCUUGGCCCCAAACCUGCCAUCCUGCUGCAGCAGAAACGGUUCCUUACUGCUAAGGGACCUCAGGCACGUGCCAGCCGAUUGACCGGCUACUAUGUUAGGACCUCAGGCAGGCACUUCCAGCCGAUUGGCUACUAUGUUAGCAAUUGGCUACUAUGUUAGCGAUUGGCUACUAUGUUAGCGUCAUUGUAUUUGGUGAGACCUUGAAGAGUUUCAGAAACCAGCUCUGUCCUGGCCUUGCUAUCUCCUCCAGCCACGUGUUCCAGGAGCUGACUCAGAGCGGACUUAUCCUCCCUAAGUUGAGCUGUCUUCUGCUCAGCUGCUUCCCAGCCUUUCCGCACGACAAUCUGAAGGUCUUUGUUGAGAAGAAUGUCAAUAAAGUUGUCGGGACAGCUGC